GUGGAGAAGAGCGCCUUCAUCGUGGGUGACCUGGGCGCUCUGAUCCGCCAGGACUCUCUCUGGAAGAGUGCCACACAGCGGCUGCAGCCGUACUUCCCGCUCCGGUGCAACCGCAGCCCGGCAGUUCUCGAGGUGCUCGCCUCCCUGGGCCUGGGCUUUGUCUGCGCCAGCAAAGCCGAAGUCAACCUGGCGCUGGAGCACGGCGUGCCGCCCGACAACAUCAUCCUGUCGGGCGUCUGCAAGCAGCUGGCGCUCAUCAAGGCUGCCGCCAAGCACGAAGUCCACCAUCUCGUCUGCGAGAAUGAGGCCGAGCUGGCCAAGAUUGCGCGCCUCCAUCCACGUGCCAAAUUGUUGCUGCAGCUGAGCACAGAGGCUCAUGCGGCUGAGACCAGCAUGGCCUUCGGCGCGACCCUGAAGAGCUGCCGUCACUUGCUGGAGGCGGCCAAGGUGCUCGGCAUGCAGGUGGUGGGCGUGGCCUUAAACAUGCCGACCUCCUGCCUGGAGCUGCAGCGGGCCUAUGGCCACGCGCUGGCAGACGCCCGCUGCGUCUUCGACAUGGGGGCGGACCUGGGCUUCAACAUGAACAUCCUGGACAUUGGCGGUGGAUUCACCGGGUCGGAGUUCCAACUUAAACAGGUCAACACCUUAAAUGACAUCUUGAUGAGGUCAGACUUUGACCUGCUGAUUAGUGUCAGCAAGGACACAGAUAAGACUUGUUUACUUCUUGAAGGUUUUGUCUCGCUAGCUGUGGCAGUCCCUGAAAUCAGGUCGACUGGGCGACAUGAACAUUUUGGUUUUAGACACGCAAAGUCUGCCAUUUUGGAACGCAGCGGCCAUUUUAGCUUGUCUUUUUGCCAUUUUCAGGCUUCCAAAACUGACUUUUCCAAGAGCCUGUGUUACCAAUGUCACACCUAACUGUCUAUUUGCGGC